GAAAUCUAUCACGAGACGCCGCGGAGUACGCUCGCCUCGCCGCUUACUAUGCGGGAGAUCGCGACAUGUCCCUUCCGCCCCAACUGCCGACCUAUUCUAACAGUGAUAAAGAAUAUGUGCACAUACGAUGCCUCAUCGCGAACAUUCACAAGCCGAGGAACGUGUCGCGGCCGCCGUCGGCGUCCAUCGACAAGGGUGCGCCGUUGGAGGUGGUCCGGGAGUCGCCGACUUCUUCGGACACAGAACGGAGUGGUUCGAUUUCGGAUAGAUCGGACGAUCGACUAUCUCUAGAUGAGCUUGCGCCAACGCAGCGGGCGAAGAGUAACAGCUUCGCGGGGUCGAUGUUGACGCCUCCUCCUUUGCACCAGAAGAAGCGGCGGCCGUCGUUCCUGCACAUCGGCGGAGCGGCGGCGCCGGGCCCCAUGUCGGCGGGCCCGCACUUCACCGUGCCCAAGUUCACGCUGACGGCGCCCCCGGGGGAGCAGCACCGGCGCCUCAGCCAUGGCUUCGCAGCCUUCCAUGGAUUCGCCCUCCGUCGACAUUCUAAUACGAGCCUCCACCGGAGCGAGUCGAUGGUGUCUCUGGCGUGCUUCAAGACGCUGUCGCAGCUGGUGGCCAACGACACCGCCGCAGAACUGCAGCAGUACCUCGCCAACAACAAGAACAUCAACAUCGACGACAGAGAUGAGAAUGGGACAACAGCGCUUAUGCUCGCGAGCGAGGGCGGGCACGCGGCGGCCGCGCGCUCGCUCCUGGCAGCGGGCGCGGACGCGGGCGCGUGCGACGCCGACGGCUGGACGCCGCUAGCGUUCGCCGCGCGCGCCGGACAUGUGGCUGUGGCCAGGGACCUGCUGGACGCGGGGGCUCGAGUAGACCCCAGGGACUGUGGUGGAUGGACGCCUCUCAUGUGGGCAGCGUACAAGGGACACGAGGAAGUGGUGGCGUUGCUUCUGGAGAAGGGAGCGGAUGUUCACGCGCAUGGAAACUAUAAUAUUAAUUCGUUAGUAUGGGCAGCUGGGAGACGCCACAGCGGGGUUGUAUUGCGAUUGCUAGCCGCAGGCGCGCGUGCGAACUCUUGCGACAAGUACGCGACAUCUGCGCUAACAUGGGCCGCGCGCGCCGGCGACGUCGCCUCGGCUGCGGCGCUGCUACGUGCCGGUGCCGACGCUAACACGGCUGGAAUGUACUGCUGGACGCCCCUGCUGCAGGCCACGCAAGGGAACCACGUUGAGAUCGUCCAAAUGCUGUUGGAACACAAGCCAAACGUGAACGCGUUAGACAAAGACGGCUUCACAGCUCUGGCCAUCGCCUGCAAGGAAGGGUACUACGAAAUCGCAUUGGCUUUAAUGAACGCGGGUGCUUAUAUUAAUGUGCAGGAUCAUUCAAAAGACACGCCCCUAAUACAUGCUGUAAAAGGGGGUCACAAAAACAUAGUGGAGGCGCUUCUGAAGAAACACGUAGACGUGGACCUUCCUGGCAAAGAAAAGAAGACUCCAGUAUACACGGCAGUCGAGAAAGGACACCUCGCCAUACUAAAGCUACUGCUCGCUUCUAAUCCGGAUUUAGAACACACUACUGUGAGUGGCGACACGCCACUAAUGCGAGCAGUGAGGUCACGCAACCCUGAGAUGGUGCAGCUCCUAUUGGAGAGGAAAGCGCGCGUCAAUGUCGCCGACAACCGCGGCGACACGUCGCUUCAUAUAGCCAUGCGCGCGCGCUCUAAGCAAAUAGUUGAAAUUCUACUUAGAAAUCCAAAGAAUAGUCAAUUAUUAUACAAACCCAACAAGGUUAACGAGACGCCCUACAACAUCGACAUGAGUUACAACAAGACGAUACUGGGGCAGAUAUUCGGCGCGCGCAAGUUGAAUACGAACGAGGACAAUGAGAAUAUGUUGGGAUACGAGCUUUAUAGCGCGGCUUUGGCCGACAUGCUGUCGGAGCCGAGCUUGUCGGUGCCUAUUACUGUGGGGUUGUACGCUAGGUGGGGCUCUGGGAAAUCGUUUUUGCUCAAUAAACUUAAGGAGGAGAUGAAAAACUUCGCCCGUCAAUGGAGUGAAACGGGUUGGACGUGGUCGUGGGCGGUGUCUUGGGGGGCGUGGCACGUGGCGUUAUCUAUUGGCGUUUGCGUGGCCACGGCUGGGGCGCCGGCCUACGUCGCAGUGGCUGUGUGCUUCGCGCUGUUUGCUGCCUUCUACUUAGCACUGUAUAUCCUGUGGUACACGGGCAACAAGGCGUGGCACGUGGCGUUAUCCAUCGGCGUUUGCGUGGCCACGGCUGGGGUCCCGGCCUACGUCGCAGUGGCUGUGUGCUUCGCGCUUUUUGCUGCCUUCUAUCUCGCGCUGUAUAUCCUGUGGUACACGGGAAACAAAUAUGAAUGGUGGUGGUCCGGCGGCGUUUUGACUGCGCUGGGUUCAAAGUUCGCGUCCCUGUUACUGGUGCUACAAGUAGUAUUCUGCCAUCCGCCGGGACCGAACGACCCACAUGCAUUACCCGCUACUCCUAUAAGGUUCCAUUUCACGGAGGGCAUGAAGGGCGGGGGAGCGGGGCAAGAGGGGGAAGCGAUGGUGGUGCAGAUGAUAGCGUCUCUAGCGGAGGCGCUAGAAUGCCAGUAUGGGCGUGUUUGCACGCGGCUGGCACGCGCCUUCCGACCCAAGCCCGUGUCUUCUACAUCUGGAUGGAAAUGGCGUCGUGUGUGCUGCAUCCCUCACAUCAUCACGUUUGAGAUUUGCUUUACGUGCAUCCUCAUUGGAAUUAGUGUGCUCAUCAUGUACUUCACCGACAAGGAGGCGGAUGCAACGCGGCGUGAAAUCCAACAGGGCGUGAUGUUCGGCGCCUGCGCACUCGCCGCGCUGGCCGUCGUCGCCAACCUGUACACCUGGGGCCGCGUGCUGGCGGCGCUGGUGCUGUCCCCGCGGGCCCGCAUGGCGCGCGCGCUGCGACGCGACGCGCCCACGCUCGCGCUGCGGCCCGAGGUGCUCACGCUCACGCACACGGUGUCCUGCCUAGACGCGUUCACGGGCCAGCAGACGCGGCUGGUGGUAGUAGUGGAUGCCUUAGACAGCUGCGAGCAAGAGAAAGUGCUCGCAUUGCUCAACGCUGUCCACGCGUUGUGCUCCGAUCCCAAGAGCCCCUUCAUACUUCUGCUGGCUAUCGACCCGCAUAUUAUUAGCAAGGCAGUGGAGAUAAACAGUAGGCGGGCGUUUUCCGAAAGCAACAUCGGCGGAUGGGACUACCUUCGGAAUAUGGUGCAGCUGCCCUUCUACCUUCAGAACUCAGCUCUGAGACGCGUGAAGGCCGCACAGCAGGCUGCCGCUAAACGCACGCAGGCUAUUGGAGCUGAUGACUUUUCUACAUCACUGCAGAGAUCGGUAUCAGCCCGCCGCCUCUCAUCCACAUCCGAGCUCAUGUCGAGCCAAGAACGCAUAAAGAACCAGUCCGCCAAGGACGUGCCGAGCGCGAGCGUGCAAGCGGCACGUGCGCGGCGCCUCCGACCAUCAGAAUCAGUGGCGUCGUCAGUCGCGUCGGGGCUGCACCGCGCGCCCGCCGCCGGCGCCGCCGACCUGGGCCGCGUGCUGUUGACCGAUGACUACUUUAGUGACGUCAAUCCGCGCAGCAUGCGCCGGCUCAUGAACGUGCUCUACGUCACCGGUCGUCUUCUAAAAGCAUUCCAAAUCGAGUUCAACUGGUACCAGCUGGCGUCGUGGGUGAACAUGACGGAGCAGUGGCCCUUCCGCACGUCGUGGAUCAUCUACCACCACGAGACUUAUGAAGAACAUAUUGAUGACUCCACCUCGCUCAAGCAUAUUUAUGAAAAAGUGAAACCAGCGAUGGGCAGCCUCCGCGAAGCCAGCACCCUCAUGGAGCUGGACCGCGACGAGCGCAAGCUGGAGGUUUUCCUGAGCUUCCACCGCGCCACGCUCACCGCCGCCGACCUCAAGAUCUUCCUGCCCUUCACCAUCAACCUGGACCCCUACAUCAAGAAGGUCAUCAAAGAAGAGCAACUACAGAACGGCCUAGAAGAUGAUAUGGGCGCCGGUGCAGCGCCCUGGAACACGCCACAGCACAUUCGUCAGCCGCACUCAAAGCUGUUCCAUAGGAAACAUCGCUCGUCCCCACCAAACCAGUCAGCGCCGCAAGCUCCCUCCAACCAGCCGAUGUGGGUGGGCUGGGCCAACACGAGCGGCUACGUGCCGCAGAUGGCGCCCUUCGCGCCGCAGCCCGCGCCCGCGCAGAACCCUUAUUUGAUGCUGAGAACCGCCUUCCCUGCACUGUCAGCGCCACAAGCUCCCUCCAACCAGCCGAUGUGGGUGGGCUGGGCCAACACCAGCGGCUACGUGCCGCAGAUGGCGCCCUUCGCGCCGCAGCCCGCGCCCGCGCAGAACCCUUAUUUAAUGCUGAGAACCGCGUUCCCCGCGCUGAACCCCUACCUCAUGCUGCGGACUGCCUUCCCUGCGCUGAUAGCGCCCGCGCAGAACCCUCAUCUAAUACUGAGGACCACCUUCUCCGCACUGUCAGCGCCGCAAGCUCCCUCCAACCAGCCGAUGUGGGUGGGCUGGGCCAACACGAGCGGCUACGUGCCGCAGAUGGCGCCCUUCGCGCCGCAACCCGCGCCCGCGCAGAACCCUUAUCUAAUGCUGCGAACCGCCUUCCCUGCACUGGGUGACGUGUCAGGCCUCCGUCUAUCAACUCUAAGCGUGGACCGCGUGUGCUCAUUAGCUCGGGGCGCGCUUGGAGCAGGUGGGGAAGCGGCGGCGGCUGCUCUACAGAAACACAGAGUCUGCGGCCUCGCGCUCGCUGCCUGCCGGCUACAGGACCUAGCGCCGAUUCUAGAACUGCCCUUCGGCGACUGGGAGUUGUUCAAAUUGUUGAUCAUAAAUCUUCGUGAGAUCGAAGCCCACUUGCCUACCAGUGCACCUACAGUAAAUGUAAUUACCGAUAAAGCAGCAGAAACAGAGCCUGACUCGGUGAAAACAAGACCAGUGAUUGAACACCAACGCAGCCGCCCGUCAAAUGUGGAAAAACAGGUGACGCUCGAGGAGCAGAUGAUAUGCGGCGCGCUGCAGACGCUCAACGAGGAGGCUUUGGAGGACGUGCUGCAGAACGACCCGCCCCCAGACGAGGAGGCGGAGCUGCCGCCGCCGCGCGACGCGCCCAUCCUCAAGGGCGCCGGCAGCUUCCGGCGCCGCGCGCUCGCCGACCCGCCCGCCGUCACCUUCAGCGUCGAGAACGAGCACGACUCCGACGACGGACACAUCACCUUCAGCGCGCGCCCGCGCCCCGCCCCCCCCGGCCCCGCCCCGCGCCGCGCGCGCUCGCGCCCCUCCUCGCUGCUCGUGGCCGCCGACGACGCGCCCGAGCCCGCCGCGCGCUCGCGCUCCGUCGAGGACUCCACGCGCUCCGGCUCGCCCGUCGUCGACCUCAAGCUGCGCGGCCUGCGCCGCACCGCCGACGUGCUGCGCAAGGUCAGCUCCGCCGAGCGCCUCGCGCGCCUCAAGGACAAGAUCAUGGCGCGCGGCGGCGGCGGCUCGCGCGACCGCAGCCCCGCGCGCGACGAGCCCGCCGCCAGCGACGACGAGUCCGCGCCGCUGGUGUCGCCGCCGCGCCCGCCGCCGCCGCCGCCGCUCGGCGUCGAGUGCGAGCGCGAGCGGGAGCAGGGCGCCAGCUCGGACCCGUCGCCGCGCUCCGACCUGACGGAGCUGGACUCGCCGCGCGGCGCCGACUUCGACCUGCUGCCGGCGGGCAAGGGCGCGGGCCCGGAGGCGACGCACGCUCACGGGCACGGGCACGGGCACGCGCGGCGGGACAGCGGCGCGUCGCUGAGCAACAUGGUGGAGCCGUACAACCUACGGCUGCUGGCGCACGGCACGACGGACAGCGGGCGCGCGCUGUGGCGGCAGGACGCGCUGGACGCGGGCCCGCCGUGGCCCUGGGACGAGCCCGACGAGGCCGUGUGA